UACCAACAAUUUACAGCAAAACAAAAAUCACUGAUGCUUUUCCUGAAGGCUUACCUUACAUUAAACCAAAGUCUUUAGUCACCUCUUCUGGUUUGAAAUGGCAAUAUCAACUAGAUCCACAUUUGAAAGACACCUUACAAGAAGAAACUGAAAAGCAUUAUUCCCAUUUCUGCAAUGGUGAGAAUGAUAAAAUACAUAGGCCAAUUUAUCUUUUUUUCUCUGGUGCUGGCACUGGAAAAUCCAGGAAUGCAUCUGAAUUUCAUAAUACAUUAAUCAAAUGUUUGAAUUGUUCAAAGGAUUUGGAGCUAAAGGAAAAAAUUCAAAAUGCUUGGGUAUUUAAUGUUAGCUUAGAAAAUUGCACCAGAUUUUCUAGGAGUGUUGAGUCAAUUGGUAUUUUAGCUGUUGGAAUUCGAAUGUUUUGGCAACUUUUUCCUGAUUUUGAGGAUUUUGCACGUUUUAUUCAUACUUAUGAGGCUCCAAACCCAUGGGAGGUACUUCAAUUGAUAGCCAG